AUGUCCGACAUAAAAAGCGUUUUGUCCCUGCUAUGUCAGCAUUUAAGUUUGUCAGUCGACCUCUGGAUGAAACCCGAGUAUUUCAGGCUAGCAAAAUUUAACAACACCGCUGAAAAUGUUACCACGACAUUCUGGAAAACAUUGAAUGUCUUAAGUCAUCAAGCUGUUAGAGAAAAGCAGGUUGAAGUUGAUUUUCAGUGUUAUGAUACUGUUUUGGCUACCAAGUUGUAUUUUGCAUAUUUACAAUAUCCCGGGAUUGAGUUGUAUGCUUCAAACGAGAAUGAUGAAAGCAGUAGACAAUUAUUAUUAGCAUUUGCAUGGCUUCUUGGAACUCAAAAUGCUCUGAAUAUUGUAGUUCAAAUGAAUCUGGCCAACAGUGUUCUUGGAAAAGAAUGUUCAAACUUGAAUAAUUCAGAAAAAAAUGAAAUAAAAUACAAUGUACCAGAAACAACGAUUUCUCAAGUAAAUAACAUAAUACAUUUAAAUGGUAAAAUAAAUUACAAUAUAAGAGAGAUCUCUGAAUUAACUUCUGAAAGAGCUAACUUAGUAAGCAGAGUUCAUGCAGCAAGUAGUAAUGUUAGUGGUCUUCCUCAUUUGAGUGUAUCAGAACUGGCUCUAAUAAAACGUAUUGCAACUGCUAAUAACAAUGUAUUAUCCAAAGAAGAUAAAAAAUAUUUAAAGAAAUUAUCUGCUAUUGGAAGUUUACUGGAACUUCAUAUGAAAUGGAUGAGAAAAGAACACAUAUUCUUUGAAUGGAUGGUAACAGUAGUGCAAGAGCACACUAAGUCUCUAAAUUCGGGUUCAAGUCAAAUAAACUGGAAUGAAAUUUUAAAAUUCAUUUCUGUGUUACACCGUAUUAUGCAGGAGAAGCUUCAAGUUUUACCUUCCAAAGGGAACACAUCACGCGAGAAUCACAAGUCUGAAUGCGUGUCGCGUUUACUGAGAGCUCAAAAGGGAAACAAGGAAAUGGAGAGUUGGUUGACAGAGAUCAAAGUCGAAUUAAAUGAAGAAACCAAAGAUCUAACCAAGAAGCAGGAGAAGCUCUCUGAAGAACUGAAAAAACUUCUACGCUUGAUUCCUUCCUGUAUCCAACUUUAAUGUUUAUAAGAAAAUAACAAAAAAAAAGA